UCGUUGGCUCCAGUUGCAAACUAGAGCAUCGCAUCUCGGCGCAUCGGCGUUUUGAUUGUUUGUUUUGACACGGAGUUCGCUGAAACAACAAGCCGCAGCGGGAGAGGAAGGCGAGUUCAGCGUGCGUCCUCCCUGACCCAAGGUUCCAUCUUUCGGGUUUCCCGUUGGAGUGUGAGUGCUUGCCGUGAUCCUCAAGCUGAACUGAGAGCUGCUUCGGCCCCCCCCUUUUUUAGCUCAACCCCUGCGCUAUGAGCAGAGGUAGAGGAGGGCCAUACAAAGAACAUUACAAUAGGCAUCCACCUCCCCACCCGCAGGCCAAGGAGAACUACUACAGACCUGGUCAGGGCCCAAUCUUUCAUAGAGCCGGCCCAGAGCGAAUCCCAAAUCUAAAUUACUACAACCGUACUGGAGUGCAGCCGCCGCCUCCUCUGCUCCAAUCUGCUCCCCCUGUACAAGGUCACACUGGAGUGGUUGCUGCUUCCGACUACGUACAUAACCAGGGUCAGGGUGGCAGUCCAGCCCCAAACUCCUUCCUUUGUAAACAAAUUGAAUUUCUAAGAGGACAGAGCUCUGAGGCACCAAAGUUCAGGUCCAGCAUUCAAGGAGGGGAGACCGCAUCCAGCAGGCCGCCUAGUUUUCCGUACCAGUCGCAGCCGGGCUAUAGUAGGUAUCCAAACCCAAGCAGCAGCCCAAGAGGCCGAGGGAGCUACUGGCCAAACCAGAGUUCACCAUACGCUUCGAGUCCAGGAGCAUCUCGGGGGGCCCUGGGACCUCGUUUCCAGAAUCAAAGCCAGUUUCAAGGCAAAGCCAGCAACAGUCAGUCUUUCAGCAGACAAUGUUGGCCCCAGAUAGACUCUGUGUGUGAUCGCUUUCAGAGUUUGUCUCUUCAACAGCAUCGGUCCAAGCGAGGUAGAGAGAGGUUUGACAGAUAUUCUUCACCCAUCAGCUCGGCAGAUUCGAGAUCAGAACGACUUAACAUCACCCUUACGCCGGACAUACAGGAGCGGGUGCACCGGGCUUUGGCCGCUUUGAAGCCGGGCGAUAGUAUCUGUGCUAGAGUGUUAGCCAAAAGACUUCAUUUGCCCAAAAAGACAGUCAACAAGGCUCUCUACUCGUUGGAGCGCUCACAACAAGCUUUUAAGCAAGGACUACUGCCUCCUCUGUGGAGUCUGCACAGAGCUGAAGGGGAUCAGGUCUCUGAUAGUAAAAGUUCAGCCUCCUAUCAGUGCGCUGGUACAGGACACCCACAAACGACUGAAACCGAGCUUGACCCAGAUAAGGAAAACAAGGCACAGGUCAAAGAAGAGGACCCUGACACAGAAUCCAGUUCGUCUUACAGCUCGUCUUCAGAGUCCGAGGACUCCGAAGACUCAGAAGAAGCUCCGACACCGACAGAAAGUCAGAACGACUCCAAAGAUCAUCCAAGCAUAACCCGCUUCUUGGAUCAGGACGCUAACCAUCCCGUCAUGGCACACCACAAAGAGAAUAUUUUAAAGUACCUUCUAGACUCCGGAGAGGCAACAGCUCUCUCUAUAGCCAAAAAUCUGGGUCUUAAAAACGCCAAGCACGUCAACCCCACCCUUUACGCUUUGGAGAAGCAAGGCGAAGUCGAUAGAAACAAUGACGUUAAUCCUCCUACAUGGAGCCUAUCAGCCCACCGCAAAGAGAGGAUGGAAAGGAGCCUGAGAAUUGCAAAGAGCGCCCCGGCUAUUGGGGGUCAGAUGGAGAUGGACAUAAAGAUGGAGGAUGGCGGAGCGUCCAUCUUUCUACCAUCAGCCACUCCACCUAUACCAGGCCUCGAGCCUUUGCCGCUGCUAGAGGAUCUGCUGCAAGAGCAAAGUCAAGACAUGCAGCCACUCGUGAGCCUGUGUGAAGACAAAUACUCCAGCGAGCAACCGUGGGCCUCUGACAACAUCCCAGACUACCUGAAUGCCAUCCGGAGGGAGACCGAUGCUAAGAAAAUGGCAGAGCAGCAGAGCGGUGCUGAUGUGGGAACUGUUGCUGUGUCUGUGGCUGCACCACCUCCUCAAAACCUGUGGGCCAAGUUACAGGAAGUGAGGCUGAAGAAUCCCGUCAGCGGCCUGAUGGAGUAUGCCCAGUAUCUGGGCCAAAACUGCGAGUUCCUGCUCCUCGACCAGUCGGGACCCUCUCAUGACCCGAGGUUUCGUAUGCAGGUGAUGCUGAACGGGAAGCUGUUUCCCGUCGCAGAGGCUUCCAGUAAGAAGGUUGCUAAAAAGGAUGCUGCUGCAGCUGCCCUGCGCGUACUCAGCGGAGAGACGCCGGACGCGGCGGAGGAGGGAAAUGCUACCGCCGUUGAACAAAGGUUGGAUUUGCCUCCAGACACCAACGUUUCAGUUGAAAAUGUAGGAGGGACCUUUGGGUCUAACAAUGUGGAAGGAUCAGCUGAGGGCCCUCGUCAGCCUCUGGCCCGCUCCCUGCCUGGUGGGAAGAAUCCCGUGUCUGUCCUCAUGGAGUACAGCCAGCGCAGCGGAAACUCCAUUGAAUUCAUCAACACUGGGCAGGCGGGCCCACCACAUGACCCAAGGUUCAUGUUCAGGGUGAAGGUUGGGGAGACGCUGUUUGCUGAGGCCUCGGCUCCGAGCAAGAAGGCGGCCCGUCAGCUGGCGGCGGAGGAGGCGGUUAAAGAAUUAAUGGCUGAUGGAAAGCUGCAGGUCAACAAGCCUCAGUUGCCUCUCGGUCCGUCCAGUGAUUCAGAUGGAGGUGCUUCCAGGGCAACCUGUCCUUCUUUGCCUCCUCUAACUGCAAGUGAGUUACAAGCAGCCCAUGAGGCAGGGGUCGGGGACCUCAUCAACCACCUGAACAACAACGCCGUGUCAGGUCUGUUGGAGUAUGCAAGAGCCCGGGGCUUUGCUGCCGAGAUCCGCCUGGUGAGCCAGUCUGGACCCCCGCAUGAUCCUAAGUUUACCUACCAGGCCAAGCUGGGCGGUCGCUGGUUUCCUCCAGUUUGUGCCUCCAACAAGAAACAGGGAAAGCAGGAAGCAGCAGAUGCGGCACUGCGGGUUUUGAUUGGAGAAGCUGAGAAGGCAGCGCGUACUGGAGAGCUUAUCCCAACUGAGCUCCCGGUAAGCGGCAGCACUUUGCACGACCAGAUAGCCAUGUUGAGCCACCAGCGCUUCAACGCCCUGACCACGCGCAUCCAGCACAGCCUUCUGGGACGCAAGAUUCUGGCCACCAUCGUCAUGAGGAGAGGGGAGGGACUGGGAACGGUCGUCAGCCUUGGAACCGGAAAUCGUUGUGUGAAAGGGGAGGAGCUGAGCCUUAAAGGGGAGACUGUAAAUGACUGCCAUGCAGAAAUCAUCUCCAGGAGGGGAUUUAUUCGGUUUCUGUACAACGAGCUGCUCAAGCACUGCGACGGAGCCGACGACAGCAUUUUUGAGCCCGCAGAGGAGAACAAACUCAAGAUCAAAUCUGACAUUACGUUUCACCUCUACAUCAGCACAGCACCUUGCGGGGAUGGAGCUCUGUUCGAUAAGUCGUGCAGUGAGACGGGAGAUGAAAACCAGGGCCACAAGCCUCUUUUUGAGAAUGCAAAGCAGGGCAAACUGCGCACUAAAGUGGAGAACGGCGAGGGGACCAUCCCAGUGGAGUCGAGUGCCAUUGUCCCCACCUGGGACGGCAUCCAGCACGGUGAGAGGCUGCGGACCAUGAGCUGCAGUGAUAAGAUCCUGCGCUGGAACGUGCUGGGCCUGCAGGGGGCACUGCUCUCUCAUUUCUUGCAUCCCAUCUACCUGAAGUCCAUCACGCUGGGCUAUCUGUACAGCCACGGUCACCUGACGCGGGCGGUCUGCUGCCGACUGGCCAGAGACGGCGAAGCCUUCGCCCAGAGUCUCCCUCCUCCCUUCACUCUGAACCACCCUGAGGUGGGCAGAGUGAGCGUGUACGACUCCACCAGACACACGGGCAAGACCAAGGAGUCCAGCGUGAACUGGAGCUUUCCAGACCAGCACAACGUAGAGGUGCUGGACGGGACCAAAGGAACGAUAGACGGGAACAAACAGGCCAUGUCCCGCGUGUCCAAGUCCAACCUGUUCUGCCUGUUCCGCUCUCUGUGCCAGAGGCGCGGCCGCACAGACCUCCUCUCUCUGUCCUGCUACUCGCAGGCCAAGAUGUCGGCCGUGCCCUUCCAACUUGCCAAGAAACGGUUCUUUGAAGCCGUCUGCCUCCACGGCUACGGAGCCUGGAUCGGCAAGCCGCUGGAGGAGAAGAGCUUUGAAUCGUGGGAGGGAACCGGAAACAACGGGGGCAACGUCCAUCUGGGAUACGGGAACAGUAAAAACGGAGGGGUGGUUGAGUACAAUCAAGCCGAGGCGUAGAUCCGUUCAGAGGGUUUUUUUCAUUUAAAAAAAAAAUCUGAUUCAUCCGUGGGGAAACAGAAAAAAAAGGGUGAGAUUAAGGGUGGGGGCGUUGUGGUUUGCAGACAUAAUGAAAUAAAAGUACAAUCAAACGGCGCACAGCGGGUGGCCAGAACUGUGUCUUCUGAUGGAGGAUGGUUAAAGGCUGCGGAGAGAGAGAGAGCGAUAGAAAGGGACAGGACGAGUGAAGGGCAAAGCCCGAAGUAUGAAUGAGGUCACAGCUGACAGUACAGAGCUGGAGAGAGAUCCACAGGCUGUACAGAGCGCUGUAAACACUACACGCAAAAUAAACUUUCCGCAGUCAGUCAAUCUCCAUCGCUGUCAGCAUUGCACGGCUCAACUUCAACAGUUUGUGAGUCUUUUUUUUCUUUACGGUCAAAACCUCUAAUUAAAUUUUCUGUCAUUGGAGUGCAGGGCCUAUUCUGUUUUUAUUUUUCUUCUGUUGGAGCUGUUUUUGUAAAAACACACGUUUUCCUGUUUUAGUGGAAACCGCAAACAGCAAAGAUUAUUUUUGCGUAUUAGAUUGUGUGUGUCUAUUUUCAACAUGUGACGCUGUUGCAUCCCGUCUCGUUGUGGCCAGACCCCAACCUGAGGAUGAUCCAUCCUCGUCAGACCUACAGCAGCCACAACACGCAAUUGUUUGAUUUUUUUUUUUUUACAGUGAUUUAUUUGCAAUGUGUGGAUGUUGUUUAGAUUUUAACCCUGGAAAAGAGCCGGAUGUAACUUUAGGAUGAAGUUUAUGCCAAAACAAUCUGAAAUAUUAACCGAACUGACCUAUUAAAAAUAAACUAAUUAAAAAUGACUUGGAAAGCUAGGAUCAAAAUAAAAGGCAAUACAACC